UCCUGCCGCUGCUUGUCGUUGCCUGUCGCUGAGGCCGUUGGUUGCGAGGAAUUUACAGUUUGUCUGUUCCGAAGCGUCGAAGAGUGCAGUGUGCCGCAGCCAGAGUUCAAGAUACAAGACACCAAAAAACCAGACAGCAAGCAGCAAGCAGCGCGCAUAGCCUAUCGAACAAUUUGUGCAAACGCCGCAUUAAAACAGUCAACAAGAAAAAAAAAGGCAGCAGAAACAAUAUUUAAAAAAAAAAAAAUUACAACAAAAAUUAUAACAAUUUCGAAAGCUGCAAAAUCCGGCAAUUGUGCAACAUUCAAGAAAGCGCGCGCGUUUACCACCAAAAGGCAACGAAAAGAAGUCGAUUGAAGUGCAAAUUGAGUGCUGGAAUAUUUUUUUUUUUCUUAAACGAAUCCUAAAUACAAAUACAACGACACGACGCGUGUGUGUUUGUCCCACCGCCGUCUCUACGCGUGUCGGUGUUUUGUGUGUGCGUGUGUGCCACUGUCAGAUCCUGAGCCAGUGUGUGUGUGACAGCAAAUAGAGAGAAGGAAUAGGAAAGAAGGCACGGAAGGAACAAGGAAAGUCCCACGCAAAAAGCCUGCCUGCCCCAUUGUUGUACCGGCAUUUUAAUGACGUCAUGUCCAGCAGCUGCUUGCAACACUAAAAGCCACAACUUCAGCCACAUCACAUCUUCCAACUCGCGCGUGUUUCGUACAGCAGCAAACUAAAUAAAUUAACAAAUACAAUUUAACAUACAACAACCAAAAGAAGAAGAAAGAAAACGAAAACGCAAAGAAACAACAAAAAGCCAACAACAAUUCAAAUACAGCAGCACAGCAGCAACAACAACAACAACAACGACUCUCGUCGCAUCAUCAGCUGGAACUACCGAAAGAUAAUGCCGCGCCACACUUAGACAUGGACAAUCUGCAGGGCCGCUGUAAUCGUGAGAAACCGCCGUGCAAGUACUUUCAUCCACCACAGCAUCUGAAGGAUCAGCUAUUGAUAAAUGGACGCAAUCAUUUGGCCCUCAAGAAUGCAUUGAUGCAACAGAUGGGCAUAGCGCCUGGCCAGCCGGUCAUAUCGGGCCAAGUGCCAGCUGUGGCCACAAAUCCAUACUUGUCCGGGAUACCGGCCAAUUCGUACAGUCCGUACUACACAACAGGACAUCUGGUGCCCACCUUGCUGGGGCCCGAUCCGUCGGCCGUGUCCGCCCAGCUGGGGCCUGUGGUGCCCCAGGCGGUGCAGGUGCAACAACAGAAAAUACCACGUUCCGACAGGCUAGAGGUGUGUCGCGAAUUCCUACGCGGCGCCUGCAAGCGCGCCGAAUCCGAAUGCCGGUUCGCCCACCCGCAGGAGAGUGUCGCCCGCCACGACGAUGGCUCGAUCACGGUAUGCAUGGACGCCGUUAAGGGACGGUGUGCCCGUGAACCCUGCCGCUACUUUCAUCCCCCCCUGCACCUACAGGCACAAUUAAAAGCGGCCCAAACACGCGCCACCGCUGUCGCUGCUGCAGCUGCGAUGGAUGUUAAAACGGUUGGUUCAUUUUACUAUGAAAACUUCCAAUUCUCUGGAAUGGUACCAUUCAAACGUCCAGCUGGAGAGAAGUCUGGCAUUCCAGUGUAUCAACCCGGUGCGACUACGUAUCAGCAGCUAAUGCAGCCCUAUGUUCCAGUCUCAUGUGAGUAUCCCCAACAACAACAACAACUACAACAACAACUACAACAACAUCAACAACAACAACCACAACAACAACAACAACAACAAGUACUACUACUACAACAACAACAACAAUUAGCGUUAAGUAGCGCCAUAACAACAACAACUACAACAGCAACAACAACAGCCAGUAAUAAUAUUAUUAACAACAACAACAACAACAACAGCAGCAAUAACAAUAACGCCAUUCACGUAAAUGCUGUAAUUGCUACUGCCAUCAAUCCAUCAAUCACAACCGCAUCAAUCGAUCAAUCAGCUGCUGCAGCAGAUAAACCCACUAAUAAACCCAGUGACGAUGGUCACGAUAACGAUACCGAUAACGAUAACGAUAAAGCUGACGGUGAUGCUGCUGACGAAAAAGAGAAUGAUAUUCCAAAAGACACUGACGAUCACAAUGAAACAUCGAAGCCAAACCCAAGUCCCCCUUCAAUCGAUUGUAAUGCAACACAAACAAUUGCAACAGCAGCAGCAGCUACAGCUGCCACAGACUCUGACCCAGACGCACAGGAGACACAGACAGCAGCAGUGGCCACCUCAUCCAGUGAUAGCUCUCCCGCCUCCUGUCCAAGCCCACCCACUGACAGCAGCCUGCUGCCCCUGCCGGUGCCCCAGCCACCCAAUGGCGACAAUAACAAUUACCUGUCCUAUAUCAAUAACAAUUUAACCAACGGCCAACGGAUCAAGUCCGCCAGUCCGCCCGAAGAGCCACUCAAUGAGGAGACAGACCAGGCCCCAACAGCAGCUGGGGCCACCCUGACCUCGCCUCCGCGUGGCUAUAGCAAAUAUAACGGCGAUGCCUACCAGAGGGCCAGCAAUGCCGCGUACUCCAUGAAUGGCCACAGCACUGGGAUACUGCCCACGCCCACCAGCACCUCGCCCACAGUGACGUAUCAGUCCCAGGCUCAGGCCCAGGCUCAGGCCCAGGCACAGGCACAGGCCCAGGCCCUGGCACAGGCACAGGCCAAUAUGCAGCGCAUCAACUAUGCCAUGCCCGCCUACAGCUAUGCCAAUUUGUACUCGCCCUACAACAGCGGCACCUCCUCCAUCGUGAGCAUCGCCGGCAACACGCCCUCCUAUGUCCAGGCCCAAAUGCAGCAGCAGCAGCAGCAGCAGCAGGCCCAAGCCCAGGCCCAGGCCCAGGCUCAGGCCCAGGCUCAGGCACAGGCGGCCUAUGCUCAGCAGGCUUAUGCCGCAUAUGCGGCCGCUGCAGGACUCACGCACACACAGCCAACGGCAGCCGCUGGCGGCUACUAUGCCGAUCCCGCUGCCCUGGCCAAGGAGGUGGCCCAAAAGAACUACGCCCUCAAGGUGGCCAGUGCCGCAUCGGCGGCGGCGGCGGCGGGCAAGUCGGGAUCCCAUUCGGCGGCCGCCUACACAGGCAUGACCCUCAACAAGGGAUUUGUGUCAGCUGCAGCUGCCCCGCAGCCCGUUCAGUCGCCACAGCCGCAGGCCGUCUCCAUGGCCACCCUGCUGCAGAUGCAGGCCCAGGCCCAGGCCCAGGCUCAUGCCCAGGCCCAUGCCCAGAUGCGCCAGAUGGGAUCCUUGCCCAAUUCGGGCAUGUCCACGCCCAUGGCGCCUGGCACGCCCCUCCGCUCGGGCAGCGCUGGCGGUGGCCAGGCGCCGCAGUACGUGUCGGGAGCUGCGGCCGCCUCUGGCGCCCUGAUGCGUGCCCCCUCCCCCAUGCAGUAUGCCGGAGCCCAGGGCUACUUUUAUCCGGGCGUAAUGUCCGCUCCGGCCGCAGCCGCCGCCGCCGCCGGAUAUGCGGCCUAUGCCAUGCCCUCGAGUCAGGCGGCAGCGGCGCAGCAGUAUGCAGCAGCAGCAGCAGCAGCUGCCGCCGCUGCGGCCGCCCAGGGGGCAGCCCCAGGUCAGAAUCCCUACAAGAAGAUGAAGACGUCCUAAAAAGGGACCCCCAUUACCCCCCCCCCCCCCCCCCCCACACACACACACAAGCAAAAACUGUACUUAAAAGCUCUCCCGUCACACAUCGAAGACGUGAGAAAUAUGUGCCUCAGAAGUAGAACGAUUAGACUUUAGUUGUUAGACACCACCACCCCCCCCCCCCCCCACACGAUCGCGCACAAGAAGGCUUUGAAAAAGCUCUCCUCACUAACACACGCGCGCAUGCUGCCCUGCCCCCCGGCCCCCGCCCCCUGACUUACUAACACAAAUGCCGCGCAGCUUGCAACGAACGAAAACUCUUUUGCCAUUAAGUUAUUAACGAAAGGAAACACAAACCUCACUGUGGACUUGUAAGGUAUUGCCAUUACUCUCAAAUGCAAGACAACGAAGAAGAGAAGCUUUCGAAAAGCUUUCAGAGAGCAGAGACACACGACAAGAAGAAGAAGAAGAAAAAGAAGAAGAAGAAGAAGAAGAUGAUAGAUUUACUUAAGUUCCUUCUCUGGUUAGAAAUUAGUCAAACACUAAACAGAAACAAAAGAAGAUAAGAAUAGGGAGAUCGGCAAAGGCAAUGUGAUAGCACACCCCCCCUCCCCCUCGCCCUCCCCCACCCAGCACACCAAACAAAUACGAAAAAAUCAAUCCCAGCUGCUGCUGCUGCUGUUGCUGUUGCAGUCGCACUCACUCACGCCAGAAUGAGCGCUCUCUCUCUCUCGAUGAGCUGGCUCUCUGAAAGCUCUAUACAGAUCCGCCUGCUGCUGCUGUUACUGUUACUGUUGCUGUUGCAGUCGCACCCGCAUAAAUGCAGUAACCGUUCCUCUAUUGCUCUUCACCCGUCAUCUGUUGAGCGCGCUCUCGCUAUCGCUGUCUCUCCUUAAAUGUUUACAUAGAUAGCGGCCAUAAAUAUCGUGAAUGCUGUUGUAAUUGUUUUAAUUAAAUUGUUGAGCAACGAGAGAAUUGUGCAUAACGUAACGGAAUAUUGUCUAGUUAUAUAGAAAUACUACUACUUAUACGAUAUACAUACAUCAUAGCUGUACGUGCUGUAUGCUGCUACUAUCUACUAUAUUUAUACACACCCCCACAGCCCACACCCCACACACUCUGUACUCUUCUAACACACACACACACGCUCAUUCGCUCAUACACCCAUACACCCAUACAGACUCUGUAAGAGAAGAAAGAACGAUCUGUAAUCGUAUAUUUAAAGCCUUACUAAACACAGAUAUCAUUCUCUAACACACACACACACACGCACACUCUGACACCUGUUAAGCCACCCAUCAAAAUUAAUUAAUUCAUUAAUCAACAUUAUGUUUGUCAAAAAUUUAAACCCAAAAAAAGAAGUAUGUAAAACUUUUCUUUUUCAUUUUCGUUCACACACACCCACACACCCACACACACUUUAUCGCUAUCUUUCAAUGUAUUUGUAAAUGUUUGUUCUUUCUGUAAUCAAAUGUUAAAAAGAAUAAAAUCAUUGGCAAACAGAAUUAAGUUUUUUUUUUAAGUUAGAUCUCUCGUGUGAUUAUCAGUUUAUCAGUUUCUCUCUCGCUCUCUCUCUCUAUUCUACAUAUGUAAUUUUUUUUUUAUUUAUAUAUAUUUUAUGUAAAAGAAACCAGUUUUUAAUGUAGUUAUUACAUAAAUAAUUUAUUAAGAAA